UGAACAUAAUAUUUGAUUUCAAAUAAAUACGUCUUCUGUGAUGUGUGUUUAUGUUUAUAUAGGACCCGCAAUAUAUGUGGAAAAUCCAAAUUUUCCAUUCAGAUUCAAUGUUAUAACAGACAUGAACGCUACAUCACCAAAAUCAUCUCUGGCCAAACUAGGACUAUACCCACGACCAAAAACUCUUAAAGUUAUGAUCCUAGGUCAAGGAGGAGUUGGAAAAUCAGCUAUGGUGGUGAGAUUCAUAACGAGGAGGUAUAUCGGUGAAUACGAUCCCACUUUAGAGAAAAUCUACACCUUCCACACCCUCAUCGAUAAUGAAAUGGUCUACUUCGAAAUAUUGGACACUGCGGGACAGCCUCACGAAACCGAAUGCCUCGGCUUGGAGGCCAACAUACGUUGGGCUGAAGCGUUCAUCCUCAUGUACUCCGUCACGGACAAGUGUUCAUUCGACGAAUGUCAUCGACUGAAAUUCCUCAUCAAUUACAACAAGAGAAGAAGAAGACUGGGCAGUGGCUGCAGGGACAGCUGUGGAGAUGUCCCCGUUGUGUUGGUGGGGAAUAAAACUGAUCAGAUCGAAGACAGGAUGAUAACCACCGAGGAAGGGCAGAAGAGAAGCAAAGAGAUCGGCUGUGUUUGUUUCCAUGAGAUCUCUGUCAGGGAGAGUAUCGAGCAGGUGUGGAAUGUUUUUCGUGAUGUCUGCAGGUUCUGGCGCGUUCACAGCAAAAACCCCACCAAGCUUCGCAGAAGUGGUAGUGAAAGAGAGCCGAUAUCUCCGGACACCGUUAGGUUACUAUGCUCCGCAGCUGUCUCCCCAAGUAGUUUAAUUCCAUAUAGUUGUAGGCCUGCAUGUACUUUAGGUAGACGUUGGACAGAGGAAGAGCUAGAAGAAGAAGACGAGACUGGAAGCAAAGAGAGCACUGCUUCCAGCACCAGUCCGGUGGAAACCCCUCCAUUCCGAGAAAGGGCUUCAACAGAUGGCCACAUCCAUCAGAAACCUUGGAGAUGGCGGUAUCCUCCCCCUAGUAGUAAAAGCGAUCCAAGUUACCACUCCACCUCUGGAGCUGACAGAAGAAUGAGCAUUUCCAUGAAGGGGAGCAACGCUAGUUAUUAGUUUUUCUAUUUGUAUACCUUUGAUUCCAAGCCCAGUUAGAAUUUCCAUAUUAGAUAAAAUAACGGAACAAACUCAAGUCAAGUACAAGUUGUACAAGUACAACUCAUCAGUCAAGUUGCUCUCCCCUCAGAUGAUGAUUUUUUGAUUCCAAAAUGAAGUGAUAGAUCCAUGUUAUUCAUUGUCAUAUAUCGACGCAAAAACUCCGGUUUGUUAUGUUUAAACAUGGUCAAAUACUGCUCAGAAUCAUCAAGAUGUUCGGUCAACAAUGUGCUCGCGCGGCACUCAGCUUGAACAGAGCAUUCUCAUAGUCAAAUGCUCAUGCAAUAUAAAGCCAACACACGUUUUUUUGAUAUCUCUACAAUG